AUGUUUGAUUCAGAUAGUUCUGGAUUAUAUCCUACAGCUCAGGAAGAUCUCAGUGCGAUCAAGUCCGCUCUUGGAGGAUAUGAUCAAAGCGGGGGUUUAUUGUCUUUCUUGGAACCCCGAUUUUUGCGAGGAGUCUUGGUUGGUAUCCUCAUAUUUUAUGUAAUGUUAUACUAUACUCGCCGAUACAAAAAUAGGGAUUCCAUGAAGAGGAAAUGCAACGAUAAUGUUGAGAAAAUGAAGAAUGCGGCGGAAAAAGCAUAUUUUAGGAAGGUGGUGGCUAAAUAG